UGCCUCCAAGGGAGCCCCGAGGCGGCGAAAGAGGCGCCCAAGACUGCCCACGAGCACCCUGCGUAGCCAUUUUGGUUCAAGCCGCUUGCCACGCGCGCCGGCACAGCAACAGAACAGCAGGACACCAGCAUGCUCAGCCCCCGUGCCAUGGCCCGAGACGGCGAGGGGAGCCGCGCCGAGCCCAGGAAGGGCGGGGCCGCGAGCAUCGCCUCGGCUUCCACGCGGUGCCCGUCCGCGGAGCUGCUCGCCUUCGGCGACGCCGCGGACGCCGACGCGCGCGAGGGGAGCCGGGGCGCCCCCGUGCUGCCAGAGGGCGGCGACGAGACCGUGCUCCUGGAGCGCGCGCUCUGGGCAGCACCCCAGAGCCUGCCCGCACCGCAGACCACCAGGAGGGUGCCUGCGGCGCCGGCGCCGAGAGGGGCCCCCCCGAGGCGCCUGCGCUCCGAGGCGUACUGGGAGCAGCAGAGGGCCGCGGCUGCCCUGCGGCCGAGGUGCUCGCCCUGGGAGGUGGGCGCGAGGGAGCGGCGCCAGGCUGCCGAGGAGGGCCGCCGCGAGCCGGCAGCGGCGGGGGGCGCUGCAGGCGUCCCCAGGGGCUGGGCUGGCGCCGCCGCCAGGGGGCUGCGCCGUGGGGCGCUCAGGCCCGCGGCGCCGGCAGCCCCGCUGGCCAUGCCGCCGAGGUCGCCCUCGGCAGCACGCCGGGCCGCUCUGAGGUCGCAGGGCCGGUGGUACCACCCAGCCUGAAUCCGCCAGACGUGGGUCUGAGUGGAGCUGUGGCGCCGCUCCCCUCAAGAGCAGCUGUGGAGCAGCGCAUUGGAGCUGUGGCGCCAGUACUACGCUGUGGAGCCGCGCACGCACUUUACCUCAACGGUCGUGGUGGAGCUUCGGCGCCGUUUUCUCGUACGUCUCUUUAGCGGACGGAAGUAGUUGCUUCAUCUAGCACGGACCCCGUCAUGCUGCACUUUCACUCGUGUUGCACAGGCAGACAUAUUCGGCUGCGCUUGCUCAGUGGGAUGGAAUUUCUCGUCCCACCUCGUCGCGUCAUAGUGGUGCUCUGUUUGAGCCUUUUUGUUCGGGGGCUGCGCGCGCUUAUUUUCGUUGCGAUUGCCUGGCGUCGUCGAAUUUCCCUCAUGCUCGACUACCAGGGCCGCCGAUAACAUGUGGACCGCCCAUUACGUGCAAGAUGCACGGUGGCGCGCAGCAUGUAAAUUAAUAGAGCAUACACGAUGUUGGAGACGUCGUGUCGGCACUUCGCUUGGACUUACGGUCUGGUUCGCGUGGGCGUAGCAUUUCCCAUCUGCGGUUUGGAUUGAGACCUUUGGACUAUCAGGUCACGUCAGACACCCACACGCAUCCGCAUACGUACUUUGCCCGUGUUGCCGAAUCUGACUGCGGUCCGGGGUGCUGGUGGAGUCCAGCCUUACGGUCGUCGCUCAGACAGGGGGUGUGGUGGUGUUGGCGUGGAAGACGAGGAUGACGAUGGAGCAAAGGCGUGGUAGGGCUAUUCUCUGACCCAUUCGCUCUCGUAGCCGCUUGGGCCAGCCUGUCGGCGCUGUUGCCCGCGCCCUGCUCAUUCGCCCUCCCCCCCCUCCCCCCCGUAUGCUCCCCCUCUCCCUGUUGCAUCCCCUCAGUUCCCCCCUCCUCUCCCUUCCUUCCCUUUCUUUUGUGCGAUACUGUGGGCCCCAGGUUCGGGUAGUUUGGAACGUCGGCGGUGAACCAGAAUUCGGGGCAGCCUUGGUGUCAGCUUCCAAGGCGUGGUGGAUCCUCCCUUUGAGGAUGGUCUUUGAGCCUCUACGGAGUGCCCCUUUUUUCCUUUACCCCUCCCGUCGCCCCUCACUCCAAGCACUAGCCUGAGGUCGUGCAGCGGCUUUGCACCAUUCGAAGUUUGGAGCAUGACCCUGCAAGACAGACCUACAGGUCGCCCUGCAGUCCAAUCCCAGCCUCUCGGCCUUUGGAGCAUGACCCUGCAAGACAGACCUGCGAAUCUACAGUUGAUGUGCUUCAAAUGCCUACAUCGCAUGUGCUCUUCUGGCAACAAAAGGUGCGGACGGCGUCCCGCUGUGGCCUGGGCGCGAUCGCAUCUCAACGCCUGUUAAAUGUUUGGAUCUGUCUUGCAGGGGGGCUGGAUCGUCCUGUCGGCACGCCCUGUCGGCAGAAUCGCCCCUCGAGUGUACAGUUUUUUUAACAUAUAGCCUGAGACACUGCAAGAUUACCCCUCGGCGACAAAAGCAGCAACAAAA